AUGAAGUUGUGGCCACCAUCAACUACCCCGAAAGCAAAACGCACAAAAUGUGCAACUCUCCUCCUCUUUCUCACCCGCAACCAGACACGCCGGCGACCGUCCGACAAAACCACGGUCGAGACUGUGGCUAGCACGCGGUUGAGGCCACUCGUCGAGUCUAGUAUUCAGAGCUUCACGGAGCCCGCGAGGAAUGACAAGCACCCCGCGCGGACGACAAACCAGCAGGCGCAGGAGCACACACAGUGGAGACGCCGCCAGGAGGCGCCGCUCGAGCCAUACCCUUCCUUUCGGUUGGUCAUAGCACGGGCAAUGAGACUAUCCCCAGAACACCCGCUCCAUAUCUCCCUCCCUCAAUUGCGCGGACUUCGCAGGCGUCCCAGGCGAAAGCCGGUACCGCAGGACUUGCGAGACCUCUACUCGCUCCCAAACACGUCGUUACAGAACGAGAGGUCCGCAGGGAUCGCUGGAGCCCCGGGCAACGCCUGUUCGCGGAACUGCAACCCAUCGAGCAUGUUGGAACGCUGCAGUUCGUUGGAUGCACAGAGAGAGGCGGAUAUUCAUUCCAGGAGACUGCCGCUGCACCCAAAUGUAGUAUUCGGCGAUGAAGCUCAAAGCAAGUUCAGUAAUACUGCAGUUACUCAGCACAUGGCUUCAGGUGAACACCUGACUAGGGAUUGUGCCCGUGUGGAGAGCCGUCGAUGA